AUGCUUGAAGCGUCCCCAGAAAUGGAGUUACUGGACGUACAACAGUCGGUCGUCGCGCCCACCGUCUACCGCAAAGCACAUCCAAGGCUGGACGACAGACACUUGGCUGUGACCACCAUCUAUAUGCUCUCGCCGGGACAUAUCGCGCUCAUAUGCACUCAUUUGCGACUUCUAUGCUCAUUAGAGUGCGUCAUUGCGCUCCUGCGAGCCUUCGCAUUCCAGUUCCUCGAAGAGAUUGUUGUCCAAGUCGAGGAUCUCGUGUAUGACAUCCUGUUCAAGUCCUUCGCCCAAGAGCUCGCAUCACGUCCCUUCGCGCGCGAGCGUAUGACCACCAUCGAUCUGCAACUAGGCCAACUCUCGAAUGAGCCGCUAAAUGAAGCGGUCCCCAUAUUCCUCCGCGCGGAGCUCGCCCCGCUCUUCGCCCUCUCCGCCCUCCAAGCUCUGUCUAUCCGCGGACACUGCCACGUGAUACUGGACGACGCGGCCCUCGACGACGUCUCCCGCGCAUGGCCAGGGAUCACCGCGCUAUACCUCGAGCCAGCACGCCGCUCUAAGGAUGCGCUUGUAAUCCGCCUGCACAACCCUGCGUGGCCGCCGGCGACGAUGACCGGUCUGCUCUGCAUCGCCGAGCGGUGCCACCACCUGCGUUCUCUUGGGCUGGCACUCGACCUCACGGCAUUACCAUCCACGUCAGAACUGCGUCGUGCCCUCGAUCGGCUUGCUUCCCAAGAAUCUCUGUGCUCUCUUCGGAGCCUUGCUGUAGGCUGGUCGCCGUUCGGUGACCAUGUACGGCUCGCAUCGAUACUCUCCGCGUGGUUCCCAUCGUUGACCAUGAUCAAGGACGCGCGAAACCAGCCGGUGUUCGGGGAGGAGAUAUGGAAGUCGAUUGGGGAGAGGCCAUUUGGGUACUGCGCGACGGACGAGAAUGAGGACAUACACCGCAGAUGGCAAGAGACGGCAAAACUCGUACCACGCUAUGCGAGGGUGAGGGCCCAGGAACGUGGCGUUGGGCGUUGGGUACACCAUGAGCAUGCAUAUGCGUCGGACAGCGCAAAUGGCAGCCUGCGCACUGUUGAAACGUUGUCUGUGGCGUGA